AUGGCUAUAAAUGUAUGCAAGUGCUCUGUGAUUCUCAAGUUUAUGUUGUCAAGACUACUAGCUGAUAAUUAAAUAUAAAAAAGCAUGAAAAAAUAUUCUUCAUCCUCUUGCACAUUGCUUCUCCUCUUCACAUGGAUUUCCUUGGCUUCUCCCUACGAUGGGCCACUCUAUGAUUUCUCUGCUUACACUGAGUGCAAAUUGCAACCGGAGCAGCCGCUUUACGGCGGUGGUGUUAUCGGAGAUGAGGCUUUCUAUACUCCAAGGACCACCGGAGAUAAUAAAAGCAUUUUAUUUUCACCUGCAUUUGUCCUGCAUAAUAUCACUCAAGGCACCAUUUACUCUUUUUCCGUUUGGGUGAAGAUUGAUGCUGCAGAAUCAGCGUCGAUAAAGGCAACAUUAAUGAUAGAAAAUACAACAGAUAGCUGUAUAGGAUCUGUGUCCGCAAAGCGUGGCUGUUGGUCAUUUCUCAAAGGUGGCUUCAUUUCAAGGUCACCACAUAAUACUGCUCUUAUAAACUUUCAGAGUUCAGAUGCCCGAGACAUUGAUAUACAAGUCAGAAGUGCUUCUUUGCAACCAUUCACAGAGGAGCAAUGGAGAUUUAAUCAGCAGUACAAAAUCAACACUGAAAGGAAGCGCGCUGUGACUAUUCAUGUGUCGGAUAAGGAAGGAAUUAGGCUGCAAGAAGCAACAAUUCACGUGGAACAAAUUUCAAGAGACUAUCCAUUUGGAUCAGCUAUUGCAAAGAGCAUUAUUGGAAACACGCCUUAUCAAAAAUGGUUUGUGGAGCGAUUCAAUGCAGCAGUGUUUGAAAAUGAACUCAAAUGGUAUGCUACAGAGGCAAAACAAGGACAACUCAACUACACCUUGGCAGAUAAAAUGCUGGAGUUCAUUAGAGCUAACCAAAUCACUGUUAGAGGUCACAAUAUAUUCUGGGAGGACCCGAAGUAUAUUCCAAACUGGCUCCUUAAUCUAACAGCUUCAGGUCUCCAAUCAGCUGUUAACUCAAGAAUACAGAGUUUAAUGAGUAAAUACAGGAAUGACUUCAUACACUGGGAUGUCAAUAAUGAGAAUCUUCAUUAUGAUUUCUACGAGAAAAAGCUAGGGCCUAAUGCCACUUUGGACUUCUUCAAAACAGUGCAUACUUCUGAUCCACUAGCAACAUUGUUUUUGAAUGAUUAUAAUGUAGUUGAAACUUGUAAUGAUGUUAAUUCCACAGUAGACAAAUUUAUAUUAAAGAUAGAUGAACUAAAGCGUGGUGGUGCAAUAAUGGAUGGGAUUGGCUUAGAGAGUCAUUUUACAGUACCUAAUCUUCCACUCAUGCGAGCUAUUUUGGAUAAGUUUGCAACCUUAGGCCUUCCCAUUUGGCUCACAGAAGUUGAUAUCAGCAAUAAAUUUGACCACCAGACUCAAGCCUUAUAUCUGGAGCAGGUACUACGAGAAGGCUUCUCACAUCCUUCUGUCAAUGGAAUAAUGCUGUGGACAGCCUUGAGUCCGAAAGGGUGUUAUCAGAUGUGCCUUACUGAUGACAACUUUAAUAAUCUUCCGGCUGGCGAUGUUGUAGACAAGCUGUUAAAGGAAUGGCAAACCGGAACUCUUGAGAGCCGGACAAAUGAGCAGGGUUCUUAUAGCUUCUACGGAUUUUUGGGUGAAUAUAAGGUGACUGCUCAGUAUGGCAACAGUAGCUCAACAUCAACAUUCUCACUUUGCCGAGGCGAUGAAACUAAACAUUAUAACAUUCAAUUGUAGUUUUUAUAAAAGUGCCACGGGAAUGACUAAUGAACCAAACAUUCCAUAGAAUGGAUGGUUUCUGAGGUUGGCUAUAUGAUGUUUGUUUUCCUCUGUUUUGAAAAAUAGGUUGCUUGACUUUUUUGCACGUA